CUCGCCUCAUGAAUUAGAAACCAAAUCAUGUGAAAUUAGUUGAGGAAGAAGAAAACAACUUUAUCCAAUACAAGUCAUAUUUAAGAAUCAUUUUGGCCCAUUCUAAAACAAGUCCUCACAACAGAGUAAAAAACAUUAGUUUAACAGAAUUAGUAAAAUACCGUCAACCAGAGGACACACUGUCUCCUCCUGCCAAACCAAAUGCAUUUUGGUUUCGAAUUCUCUUUCAAUGAUUUUCGUUUUAGUAUGAUUAAAAGCAAACUUAAAUUAUGUUAAUGUCAAACAUGCAUUUGAUCAAACUGUGGUGUAGACUACUUAGCCAGCCACCCUCUGCAUAAAUGAGCUGAUUAUCUAUCCAAGCGAAAAAAACGCCAAAAUGUCUUCAAAGUCAAUGGCAAUGCGCUAAUUUAAUAUGCAAGUAUUUGGUGAAAUACUUCAAGUGUCGGUUGUAUGUAUAAAAGCGUGCAUUCGCAGUAAAGAUGACACAAUCACAAAUCAGUUCACUCAGCUAACACAGCAAGCGACUGCCGAAGACUAACUCAAUUAAACUCGAAAAUGGCGAAAUUCCUGAUUAUUCUGUGCGCUCUCUUUGCCUGCGCCGUUGCCAAGCCGGGCGUGUUUCAUGCUCCUUUGGCUGCAGCUCCACUUGCCGCCGCUGCCAUUAAUGCACCACUUGACGCAGCCUACGCCAGCAGCCGACUUGAUAUUCAACAGAAAUACGGUGCUGCUCUGUUUGCUUCUGCACCUGCUAAGAUUGUUGCCGCCACUCCAGUUGCAGCUCCGUUGGCUGCUCCCGUUGUCGCACCAUUGGUUGCUGCGCCAGCUAAACUUUCAGCUGCUGUUCCGAUUGCAACACCCCUUGCCUACACCAAUCUUCCGUUAGAUGCAGCUUCCGCCAGCAGUCGUUUGGAUCUGCAAGAAAGAUAUAGCUCCGCUAUUGUACCUGCUACCUUUGCCGCCACAGCAGUUGCUACACCUUUGGCUGCUGCUCCAUCCAAGCUCGUGGCUUCCGCUCCAUUAGCUACUCCAGUUGCCGCUCGAUUGGCUACUCCGGUCGCAGCUCGUCUUGCGUAUACCAAUCUGCCAUUGGACGCAGCUUAUGCUAGCAGUCGUCUAGACCUCCACCAAAACUUCGGUUCCAUUAUCGUGCCUGCUGCCUCUGCAGCUAUCCCAGCUAAACUUGUAGCACCAGCAGCAGUUGGUGCUCCGUUGGCUGCCCCAGUUUCUACUCCUCUAGCUGCUGCCCCAGCCAAGCUCGUAGCCUCCGCACCGGUAGCUGCUCCUUUGGUCGCUCCAGUUUCCGCACCUCUUGCCUACAACAACUUACCUUUGGAUGCCGCUUAUGCUAGCAAUCGCUUGGACAUUCAACAAAACUAUGGCGCUGCCUUGGUCCCAACUGCUUUCGCUGCAGCUCCAGCUAAGAUCUCAGCUGCAAUUGCUGCACCAUUAUCCGCUCCAGUCGCGCCGGUUGCACCGCUGAAAUAUACUGCGGCCACACCAGCUCUUUGGUAAUUUAGAUUAAGUGUAU